GAGGGAGCUCAACAUAGGAACACUUAAUGAAGGAAGGCAAGACUUAACCACUUGAUACAUUUGUUAUUCUUGAUGAUUAGUUAUUUGAAGAUCAUUAUAUCUCAAAUUCACAAUUCUUAGAAAUGGAAGAAAUUGAUGAAUCUGAUCAGCCUAUCUCUGUAGGGAGGCAAGAAAUUCGAAAGAGAAGACGACCUAGCCAACCAAUGGUAGACAAAUCACAGCAGACAGAAGUGAUAGAGAAAAAGAAACACCUGGCCAUGCCACAGUCAUCUGGCCCCAAAGCUACUCUCAGUAUUGGUAAUAUUUCUGGAUGCAAAGGCAACUAUGGUGCCAAAGAAUAUGAGUCUAUUAGAGUAUCUUCCCAACUUCAACAAACUUGGAUGAAGAGAAAGCGUGGUCAGGAAAUGACUGAUAGAUCGCUGCAGACAGACACCCUCAUAGAGGAGGAAAAAGAAAUCAAACUCAUUGAUGAGAUGGUAGUACCUGAUGAAAAGCCAACCAGCGAGGGAGAAGCAGCCUCUGAAUUGCAAGACAGUGCUCAAGAAGUAGAAAUUCCAUCAAGCAGACACUCAAUUCAUCAAAAAAUAGACAGAUCUCAGCAGACCAGUUGUACUGGAGACUGGACCAUAUUGAACAUUCCACCCAAAGAGAAAGUGGACAAGGAGCAGCAGACAUGCUUUAGUGAAUCACAAAUAAUGGUUAUUUCCAAGCCAAGUAGUUCUUUUACAAGGUCAAAGGAAGGUGUCCAGAAGUUUAUAUCCUCAGGAAAGAUUUUUGCUGGUGAACAUCCUGAAUUUCAGCCAGAAACAAGUAGCAGUGAAGAAAUUAGGCAUAAAAGUGCCAGCAGAUCUUCUUUUACUCAGGUACCUGCAGAAGCUACUGUAGUACCUUUAGAAGAUGAAUUUAGGCAAGAGGGAACUACACUUGUUGUAGAAGAGGCUUCUUUUGAGGCAAUGGGGGUUCCACCAGUGCAAAAAGUCUGCAGUGAAUUGCAUCUUCCCAUUGUAGAGAUGGCACAUGGUGAAGUGCAGCCUGCACCAGCUGAGGAGGCCAUAGCUGAAGCAGAGCCUAGCCCUGCGGAGGAGACCCCUGUCCAAACACUGCCUCCAGCUGAAGAGACCGGUGCAGAUGGGCCACCAGCUGAGAGACCUCCUGCUGAGGAACCACCUAUAUCAGUCGAAGAAUCUCCUGUUGAUGUCCAGCCUCAACCCCCUGAGGAUACCCUUGAAGAUAUUCCAGCUGAGGUAGAGCCCACUCCUGCUGACGUGCAGUCUCCACCCGCUGAAGAGGGUCCUGAGGAAGGUACCUCUGUGGAAGUAGCCCCUGAAGAAGAGACCCCUGCUCAAGUUCAGUCUCCAUCAGCUGAGGAUGACCUUGAAGAGGCCCCUCCUACAGCUCAGUCCCCACCUGCUGAGGCGGCUCUUGCCGAAGAGGUUCCUCCUGAGCUUCAGCCCCCAUCCGCCGAGGCGGGUCCUGCUGAAGCUGAGCCUCUCCAGGCUGAGGAGGCACCCAUGGAAGAGACCCCUGAUGAAGCUCGGCUUCCUGCAGCUGAGGAGACGUCCGUAGAAGAAGAGGCUGCUCCUGAAACUUGGUCUGCAGCAGCUGCAGAAGCUCCCACGGGAGAGGCCUUGGCUGAAAUUCAGGCUCCGCUAUCUGAAGAGGCUACUGCAGAAGACGGCCCUGCUGACGAAGUCCCUGCUGAGAGUCAGUCUCCACCGGGGGAGGAGGUGCCUGCUGACGAGGGCCCUGCUGAAGCUCAGGCGCCACUAGAUGAGAGGGCUCCCAUAGAAGAGGCCUCUCCUGGCACUCAGGCUCCAUCGGCUCCUGGAGAACAGAUCCCUGACGAAGUUCCAUCUCCACCAGCCGACGAGGCUGCUGUAGAUGAAAUCUCUGAAGAAGUUCAGAUCCUGUCAGCUGAGCACGCCCCAGCAGGAGAGGCCUUGGCGGGAGUUCUGUCGCCACCAGCUGAAGAGAGCCCUGCUGAAGUUCCGUCUCUGACAGGUGAGGCGACCAGAGAAGAGGCGCUGCAUGACGCACAGGCUCCAGGAGCAGAGGCAGUUCCCGCGGAAGAGGCCUCUGCCGAAGCUCCGUUUCCACCCACUGAUGAGGCCACUCCUGAAAUUCAGCCCCCAUCUGCUGAGAAGGCUCCUGUCGACGAGAUCCCUGCUGAAAUUCCACAGCCAGUGGACCAAAACUCUGCAGAUGAGGCUCUGGUAGAGAAUGUGCAAACUGAAUUGCAAUCUCCCCUGGUCACAGGCACUGCAGGUGGAAAAGGGUCAGAUGAUUUGAAAGCUGAUAAAAAAUCUGAAGAUGCUUCAAAAGUGGAUCCUGUUCCUGAAGAUUUUUCUAAUACCAAAGACAUGGUGAUUCCCACUAUUGAAGUAGAGGGCGUCAUUCGUGUAGAAAUAAAAAAUGCUUCCUCCUGAGCCAUGGUCCGGUCUCAAAAAAGAUGCAAUGAGAAAAUUGUAAGGUUCUGCAAGUACAUCCUUCAGAGAAGUGUAGGCAUUUGCAAGUAGCUUUGUGAACAGGGCAAAUGAAGGGAACUCAAGUACUUGAAAUUAAGUUGGAAAAUGAGCAAUAAAAUCUACAGUAGUUCAGAAUUACUUGUAUUAUUUUCAUUCAAAUUUAUAGCACGGAAAAAUACGUAUUUUGAAAUGAAGUAAGUUUAUGAUUGAAUCAUUGCUCAGAAUACCUUUCUAUAGUAAACCAUUGAC